GCACCACGAACUGUUCAUUCCGAUAUUCAACAGCAGAACAGCUGCGAAGAGAGAGAGAGAGGUCGAGGAGAAGGGACUUGUUCCAUUUGCAGUAUAAAUAUCACUCUUUUUUAGUGUUCUCGAGUGAAAAAACUUGGUGAAGAACUCGCAACUCACGAGUGUGAAGUUAACACUAUCCAAACAAUGAACCGAUAUGUACCUAAUUGGGCAAUGGAAGAUGACUCUGGUUGCUUCACAGAUCUCUAUCCCACGAAAACAAUGGGAUUGGACAAUGAGCUGGUGGAGCUCUUGUGGAGAAAUGGACAUGUUGUGAUGCACAGUCAAACUCACCGGCGUGCCACUGCCAACAACAAGACUGAUCAGUUUCAGAAACAAGAGCCAUCUAUUGGCAACUCCAGUAGCUCGAUUCAAGAAGCUGAAACCUUGCCAUGGUUCCAGUAUCCCCUCGAUGAUCUGUUCGAGAGGGAGCUGUACUCCGAGUUCUUUGAGAACAUAGACACUGAUGAGAUGAACAAGGACUUGAUUGCAGAAGAGGAGUGCCAUAAUGGCUUCACACCAUGUGCUCUGAAGCAGUCCACUAUUCCUAGCUCGCAAGAACAACACACCAUGCCCCUUCCCACAUUGCAUUGCUUGAGUUCUACACCGCAGUCUUCAUGCUUGGACAAUGGUGGUCGUCCUCCGCUCAAGGUAGCCGCUGCAGAGUCUACGAGGAUAACUACUGGAUCGAGCAUCUGCGGAAGCAAUCAAAUUCGAGCCUACACUGAUCCAGCCAAUUCUUUAAACAAUGAUGAAGCUAGAAAUGUCACAGGAUCAUUGAGAGAGGACAGUGAGAUGAGAUUACCAUUGAAGAGAACUCGCUCAAAGGUGCCCGAGGGCACUGUAACUUCAUCGUCGGGUGGUUCUGGCUGUAGUUAUGGAAGAGCAGGACAGCCAAAUGCGAGUGGCCAAAGCCACAAGAGGAAGGCAAGAGAGGUGGAAUAUUCUGGGUGUCAAAGUGAGAACUUGCAGGAAGCCGAGUAUGAUUCGAUCAAGGCAAACAAAUCAGCUCAGAGACCGACAUCUAAACGCAGAACUCGUGCUGCUGAAGUCCACAAUCUCUCUGAGAGAAAAAGAAGAGAUAGGAUUAACGAAAAAAUGAAGGCUCUACAGGAACUCAUACCUCAUUGCAACAAGACAGAUAAAGCCUCAAUGCUUGAUGAGGCAAUUGAGUACCUGAAGUCACUUCAACUACAAGUUCAGAUGAUGUGGAUGGGAAGUGGAAUGGCAUCGAUGAUGUUACCCGGUGUCCAACAAUACAUUUCAGGCAUUGGAAUGGGAAUAGGCCAUGUUUCAAUGCCUACUAUUCCUAGUACAGUUCAACUACCAAGAGUUUCAAUCGCUAACCAAUCAGUCAACCCAACUUUCAGCUCAAGCCAGACCACAACAUUCCCCUCCCUGGCCACAAGUUCAGUAAAUUGUUCGAAUCAGCUGCAGAAUAAUCGUGUUCCUGAAUUGUAUGGCAGAUAUCUUAGCAUGCAUAUGGUGCCUCCACAUCAGGCGAUGAACUUUUGUACAUAUGGAUCUCACUUAUUGCAGCAGAAUCAGUCGGCAAUGACACCUAAUAGCAGUCCCCUAACUAAAGCUGUAGGGAAACAAUAAAUCCAGUAAAUUGGACUCGCGAUCAAUGUCUCCCGGCACAAGUCCAAUCAAUGAAGGAUGAUUUGAUGAUAUCCAUCACAUGCUAAUCUUUGCACAACUUGAUCAACCCGAUUCUGUAAUUAAGUUUGAAGUCGGAAGACUGCAAGUGAUCACUGAUAUACCGACUUGUCCCUGGAAGCCUUCGUCUUUAAUUUGAGCUACAAACUCAAAACAAAUCGAUGCAAUGCAUUCAUGAUUCUAUUGUGUAGAGAAUCGACAUCAAUACUGAUUUUUUGUUUUCCACAAAAUAAUUGCCACUCUACUCUUGUUGAUUGCGGAAAACACUGCAGCAGCUGUAUUUUUGUACAUUCUUCUUAUGGAAAUAUACUCUUUGGUACAGCGAAAGCGGCAA